GGAUUUUUAGUACAUAUUAUUUAAUACAUAUGUGGAUUUUUAGUGCAUUCUUUAUGUCAUUUUUAAGGAUUUUUUAUGGCAUAUUAUAUGGCAUGUUUGAAGGUUUUAGUACAUAUUAUUGGACACAAAUGUGGAUUUUUAGUGGAUGUUUUAUGUCAGAUUUGAGGAUUUAUUAUUGCAUAUUAUAUGGCAUAUUUGAAGGUUUUUAGUACAUAUUAUUGGACACAUAUGUGGAUUUUUAGUGCAUGUUUUAUGACAUAUAUUUAAGGAUUUUUUUAUUCCAUAUUAUAUGGCUUAUUUGAAGGUUUUUUAUCGCAUAUUAUAUGACAGAUUUGAGGAUUUUUUAUGGCAUAUUUGAAGGUUUUUAGUACAUAUUAUUAGAUACAAAUGUGGAUCUUUAGUGGAUGUUUUAUGUCAGAUUUGAGGAUUUAUUAUUGCAUAUUAUGUCGCAUAUUUGAAGGUUUUUAGUACAUAUUAUUGGACACAUAUGUGGAUUUUUAGUGCAUGUUUUAUGUCAGAUUUGAGGAUUUUUUAUUGCAAUUAUAUGGCAUAUUUGAAAAUCUUGUUAAAUAUUAUAUGCCAUUUUGAAGGUUUUAUUGCAUAUUGUAUGGCAUAUUUGAAAAUUUUGUUGCACAUUUGAGGAAUCGUUUCGAUAUGACGUCACAGGCUGAUUGAGGCGACGCGUGAGGCGACCGAUGCAGUGUUGGGUGCGGGCCGCAAGGAAGGCGAGAUGGGGUUGCCAGUGAGUGCCGUUUGGCCCGGGUGCCCAAUUCGAUGUAUGAUUUAAUUUAUAUAAAACCACCAUUCCCGCCAUGUGGAAUACGGUCGAGUAUUUGAAAGACCCGCAUUUAGUCCGGUUGAUCCAAAACAAUUUCGGCGUCCGGGCGAAGGAGGAGAUAGAGAAAGCACGCCGUAGGCCGACUACACCGUCGAAAAGCAGCCCAAAUGGAAUCAUCCAAAGCGAACCGGCUUCGGAAGAGGGGCCGACAUCCGGCUCGGACGUUGAAUCCAAAAAUUAUCUAGUUACUCACAAAUUUUGGUACUACUUGUUCGUUUUCGGCACGGAGCUCGGCGACGAGAUAUUCUACGCAUCUUUCAUACCGUUCUGGUUCUGGAACAUCGACGGCGCCGUCGGACGCCGGGUCGUCAUGGUCUGGACAAUCAUCAUGUGCAUCGGUCAGGGAAUAAAAGAUAUUAUCUGCUGGCCAAGACCUGCCAGCCCACCUGUUUUCAGAUUGCAGCAAAAAUGGGCUCUAGAAUAUGGCAUGCCAUCUACUCACGCCAUGGUCGGAGUAUCGAUACCGUUCUCCGUUCUUUUCUACACAUCGCAAAGAUAUGAGUAUCCAUUUAUUGUCGGUCUUUUAAUUGCGGUUUUAUGGUGUUCUGUAAUAUCCGUGAGCAGGCUGUACUUGGGUAUGCAUACGGUCUUGGAUGUAAUUGUAGGACUUAUAUUGGCAUUGAUAUUGAUGAUACCGGUUGUGCCGAUCGUCGACAACAUGGAUCAUUUCUGGCUGACCAACCGCUGGGCGCCUAUGAUACUUAUAACUGGAAGUGUGCUCAUAAUAGCUUUUUACCCUAAAACGAACAUUUGGACUCCAACAAGACAAGACACUACUAUGAUCAUAAGUGUCUGCAUCGGUGUCCACAUUGGUGCAUGGACCAAUUAUCAACUCGGCACGAUGUCUGAGCCGAAAGCGUCUCCUCCUUAUGAAAUAAUUUGGCCAUCGUACGAAAUGAUUGGGCUGACUUUAUUGCGAUGUGCACUCGGCUUCAGUUGUAUUCUCGCGACGAGAGCAAUUUGCAAAUCCGCCUCGUAUGCAACAUUGUGUUUCUUUCUCCGGUUAAAUGCUAACGAAUUGAAAAAAACCGUCCACACGACCGCAUCGUCUACAAAGAACACCGUUGAACUCUGCUACAAGUUCAUCACCUACUCCUCAAUCGGAUUCAAUACACUGUAUCUGCUGCCAUCAGUUUUCUCACUGUUGGGAAUUGAACGUCCAACGUUUCACACUGAAAUCUGACUGUACGUGGGUUAUUUCAUUACCUUUAAAUGAUAUUUAACAAAAUUUUCAAGCUUUUAUUAUACUAUAAUCAAUUGAUAUCUCCAAUGCUAGUUUAUAUCAAAUAAUAGAACGUAAAUCCAAUUGAUAUAGAAUCAUUACAGUAGUUUUUGAAUAUUUUUCUUGUCUCUCUUUCCUAAUUAAACCUGUAAUAAUCAAUGAUUCGUUCAAAAAAUAGUUCUUUUUCCCUGUUUCUAGUAUUUUUUAAAGUUUUAGUUCUGUGCCAUGUUUCAAAAUAACUCUGCAGUCACAUUCCAUUCAACCAGAUUGAAUCAUUGUAGCAAACAGGGUAUAAUUGACACCAGUUUAAAAAAAUAUAUUUUCUUAUUUUUCACUCUAUCUGAGCAUCUGUUGGCAAACUUGUUUCUAUUAUCCAUUCAUCUUUUCUAACCUCAGAACUAAAGAUUGAUUCUUCCAAUUUAUUUGUAUUGUGAUAUAUUUAUUAAAUUUUUUUAUUAUCAUUAAUAAAACAAAAUGACUAAUUAUGAAAAAAGAAUUAAGAAAUAACAUAUUACUAUGCUAAGCUAGUUGCUCAAAAAAUUAAUUAUUAAACAUCACAUGUCCUAUUAGUAAUUUAUUGUAAUAAGUUCAGAAUAAUAAUCAAUUAGAUUUUACUCUUUUAUGCACUAUCAUUAGAAAAGUUGCAUAUCUACUUUUUCCACGAAUAUUUUUUCUAGUCUACCUCAAAUAGUUUAAACACUUUUUUACACAAAAUUUGCUGUCAGAUGCCUUUGUUGAAAGUUAUCCGGCAUUGAAACUUGUAAAGAAAGUACUUCCUACAAUUACUUUUAAAAGAGUUUACAACGUUAAGUGCACUUAAUUUCAAGGCUGUCAUGCUGGAUAAAACAAUUCCAGCAAAUAAAAAGAAAAAUGUAAAUAUUUGUUUUUAAUUAUCCGGUUGUUAUUAUUGUUGUAAUUAAUGAAUUGUAAACCAAAAUUUUACACUAAUUAGUAUUAAUUUAAAAAUAAGUAGCCUUUCGAGAUGUGAUUAUGACAAUUUACCCAUCACUUGAAACAAAUUUUAAGCGAGCCUGGCUCUCUUUUCAUUUUCACAUUCCAAUCUGCGUUUUGAACAAUUUGUACCAAAUAAUCAUAAAAUUAUUUGCCCCGUUAAACAUUUGUACCUUUGUAACUGUUAUUUUUGUUCAUAAAUAAAUAAAUUUUUUGUUAAAAUAAA